AUGGCUAUCCCUAAUAUCAAGUCCUUCAGUGACCUUCAUUAUCUUGCAGAGUCCUUCCGCCUUGGAAGUACGGAUUAUAAGGAUUUCUUACGUACCACUUUUGCGUGGUUUGAUGAGGAUGACCAUGGAUACUUCGGACAGAUUCAGAAACCCAAGCUUCAGGCCACUCUUGACGAUAUCGCAGCUGCGCUUGAACUCAUCUCUGAUGAAGAGGUGUUCCCACCUUUGCAGCAAGCGAUGCUGCCCCUGAGCACUGCCCCCGACAAUCUCAACUCCCCGGCGGCCAAUGAAUUGAAAGCAUUUCACAUCAAACGCCCGCCGAUUCACCAAUAUGACUGGUAUAAAGAAGAGGACUGCCUCUACAUCAUUCCAGCGAGCUUUCUAGAGGAGGCAACCGCAUUGGUCAACAUUGCUCGCCACCCACAGCAUCCAAACAACAUCAAGUUUCACGGCUGUCGCGUACGCCGAGGUCACAUUACCGGCCUUAUCUUCGAUGAAUACAAAGACAACCUUCGCGAUUGGCUGAGCAAAGGUCAGUUGGUCAACGAUGCCGUUUUCAUGGAUCAACUGGAGUCGGCCGUCUGUCACCUUCACUCCCUCGGUCUGGCGCAUAACGACAUCAAUCCAGCAAAAAUCAUGAUAGAGGAACAGAGCGGCCAGCCGAUUUUGGUUGAUUUCGGAUCCUGCCACAAAAUAGGAGAUGAUUUAACAGCAAGUCGGGGCACGCCUGGCUGGACAGAAGUUGGGGAUGACUACACCAAGUCGAAGAAGAGUCACGACUUAUAUGCACUGGAUAAGAUUCGCAUAUGGUUGAGCAACCCAAUACGGGAAUAG